GCUGCUCCCGCCAGCAGGCAAAGCGCCUCAGGACCCAGCCGCAUACUUGGUCAGCAAGGGUCUUGGACAAAGCCAACAGAAGGAUCCUUGUUAGUCGGCAGCUCCCUGGAGAGAGAGGCUGGGAAGGGAGCGGGAGAGAGAGAAGGAGCGCGGUGGUCGGGUGGGCGCCCCCCUCCCUGUCUCCUCCCCCGUCUGCAUAAGUAACGGGGGGGGGGGGAGAGGGGAGCGCCUCAGCCAGAAGGGGACCCGGCGACUUUCCUCCCACUUUGCCACGCCGCCUGCCCGGGGCAGCGCUGCUUUCUGGCACUGCGGCGCAGGCUCUGUUUUUACGCACACGCUGCUUUCCAGGGCCAUUUGGAGACGCUUCAGGAAUCCAGCCGGGAAGGUCUGAGCGUGUCUUUCAGGAGCAGCCAAAGGGGGGAGAAGGAGGAGGAGGUAACGUAGGAGGGACUCGGGCUUUCCCCGUCCGCCGGGAACGGUCCUCACGUCUGACCUCCUCUCCCCCCGGCUUCGCCAGCGCAACUCUUGCAACCCCGUGUGAAGGGCAGGGAGGGACCGCCGCCGCCGCCUCCCUCCCGACCAUCCCCGCACAUCCGCGCGGGGCAGGCUCGUUCAAGCGGCUUUCCUGAGGCUGAAGGCGGAGAAGGGGCGCGCUGGGAGCGACUGGUCCUCGGUCAGAACAAGAAUAACGCACUUCAUCUGGCGACACUAACAUCAGGCAGUGGUUUCCAGGUAGCUGAAGAACAUUGGAAGAGUUAUAGAAAGGGGUGGGGGGGUUCUUCAUGUGAAAGGGAAAGAACAUCUCAGUCUUCCUCCAUGGAAAAAGGACGCACAUUACCUCAAGACUUUGGGGAGUUUCUGCACUGUCUGAGGAUGAGGAGCAAGUUCGCCAUCUUCCUGGUGUUUGUGGUAGCCCUCGUCAUUAUUGAGAAGGAAAACAACAUAAUAUCAAGGGUGUCAGACAAGCUGAAGCAGACUCCGCUGUCUCUUAUGGAAGCCAACAGCACAGACCCUGGCUUGGUGUUGUCAGAGAACGGUUCCCUCAUGUCUCUCAGUGAACUGGAUUCGGCUUUUUCUCAGCUCAAGAGCAAACUUCGGAAUGUCACGUUGCAACUCGGGGGCCACAGAGAACCUUUGCUGGCACCUGUUAAAGGAACUCGAAAACAUUUACUCCUAAUGGCCACCACCCGCACAGGUUCCUCCUUUGUAGGGGAAUUCUUCAACCAACAGGGUAACAUUUUCUACCUCUUUGAGCCGCUCUGGCAUGUUGAAAGGACAGUGUCUUUUGAGUCCGGUGGUGCUAAUGCUGUGGGGUCAGCCCUCGUCUACAGAGAUGUUUUGAAACAGCUCUUCCUCUGUGACCUCUACAUUUUGGAGAACUUCAUCAUUCCGUUCCCAGAGGAUCACCUGACUCCAUUUAUGUUCCGGCGUGGUUCAAGCCGCUCUUUGUGUGAGGAGCCCGUCUGCACGCCUUUUGUUAAGAAGGUCUUUGAAAAGUAUCACUGCAAGAAUCGCCGCUGUGGUCCCUUAAAUGUGACCCUGGCUGUGGAAGCCUGCCUCCGCAAAGAUCACGUGGCACUGAAGGCAGUGCGGAUUCGACAGCUAGAGUUUUUGCGCCCCUUAGUUGAGGAUCCGCGGCUGGACAUGAGAAUAAUUCAGUUGGUACGGGAUCCACGGGCAGUGCUGGCUUCUCGAAUGGUUGCUUUUUCAGGGAAGUAUGAAACAUGGAAGAAAUGGGCUACUGAAGGUGCAGCAACCAUUAGUGAGGAUGAAGUGCAGAGGCUACGAGGUAACUGCGAGAGUAUCCGUCUCUCAGCCGAACUUGGUUUGAGGCAGCCGGAAUGGCUACGGGGUCGCUACAUGCUGGUCCGCUACGAGGACAUUGCUAGGUCACCACUCCAAAAAGCCAAGGAGAUGUACAAAUUCACUGGCAUUGCCAUCACUCCUCAGGUGGAGGAGUGGAUUCAGAGGAAUACUCAGGCACCUCAGGACAGCAACGGUAUCUACUCCACCCAGAAAAAUUCUUCCGAGCAGUUUGAGAAGUGGCGAUUCAACAUCCCCUUCAAACUUGCCCAGGUGGUACAGAACGUCUGCAGUCCAGCCAUGAACCUAUUUGGCUACAAGCUGGCCAGCAGCCCCGAGAUCCUCAUAAACAGAUCCAUCAGCUUGCUAGAGGAGAGGAGGACCUUCAGGGUCACGUAGGAGUGGCCUUUGCUGGUGGACUUUCUCUGUCUUAGCAUUCUGUGGGACUGAAAAAGAGGAAUGACUAGGGAAGGAACGUUGGGUGGAAAGGUUGAGGGCGAGGGCCAGCCAUCGUUGGCUGUCCCACCUCAUGCUUCUGCUUCUCUUGUGCUCUUUGUUCCCACAAGGUGCUUUCUGCUUUUUGACGGAUUACCAUGCAGGCCAUGCUUUGACAGGAAGAUGAGCUCAGAAGCUGGUGUGGAAUCGAGCAAUAAUGGAUGCUGAGUCCCAGCUUCCCUACCUCAUGUCCAUUUUCUCCUCUGUGCAGGUGCUGUCUCUUGAUUCAAGAGGCAUUUAUACAGUAGACAUCCAAAGCAAAAGAGAGACUGUUCUAUUUUUUAAAAACCCACAUUUAUACUUUAAGAAAAAAAACCCCAUCCUGCUGAGAAAAUGUGACAAAAGCAUUAUAUUGCACUGCUAUUGCCUACGGCAGCCUUAAAGAACAUGUUGGGCCAAUAUUUGGUGAGCGCGAGUAGGAAAAGUGGAAGAGGGAGAAAGGAAGGGCAGCGGUUGGACAGCCAGGAAGACAUCUGACUGUGUUAUUUAGACAGAGGGUAUUUUUUAUAUGUGUCCUGCGUGAGACCCUCCAAUGAGUUCAUGACUUGUUUACACUGGGGGAGAUGCGACUUGCUCACACAGAGUUUCCAAGCAAAACAGAGCAGAGCCAUGGUGGCUGCAUCCACAAUAAGAGAACUUUGGGCUGCCCCAGCCAAGUUUCACGCCCUUGCUAGCUUUUGUCUCCCCUUUCACCUAACCCAUUGGAUGAGCGAUAAAGAGCAGGCUACAAAAACAGCUUCAAAAAGGGAGAGAGUGGAAUAGUAUUUCUCUUGUGUCCCAGGGGAUCAACUGAUUGUCUUUCUUUGCUAAAUCAGUUGUUUUGAUCUCAAGUAGUCUGCUUUUUUUAAAAAAAAAAUCUGCUGUCUGGUUUCCUGUCUUGUCUCUAAAUCAAUUGUUAGAGAAUCUCAACCCAUGUCUGGAAAAGGAGAGAGACAACAGCUUGUUCCCGGUCGGGUGGUGGAAGGUUGUGAUUUUAAUUGCAUCUGUAUUUCCCUCCCCCGGUUGUCUUUGCAUCCUUUCAAAGUGCUGGUUGGAAACUACCAAGAAUUCUGUCCUGCUGAUACAGAAGAGGAUUUGUUUUUCUACACACCAGGUUGCCGAAUCACUCAGAUGGAGAGAAGCAUAUCUAGGGGAUGCAUACAUGCGGAGCUGGUCCACUGUUGGGUAACCGCCUGGUUUCUGCAAGUCAAUGCGGGUUGCUGUCAGAAGUCACAAAUAAAGCAAGGGUUGCUCAGGCUGACUUGCUUCCAGUUUGUGGGCAGGAAAUAAGGCCCAGUUUGUAGCAGCAUCCAAAUUCAGGAAUCAUAACAAGUGGAGGUUAAGCAGACAACCAGAAAGGCUUCAAUCUCAGCUCUGCCCUUGGAGGGAGGGCUGAAAUCCAGGAGCAAGCCAGUCUAGUUGUUUUCAUGAGUAAACUCUGGCUCAUUUUAUGAUUAAGCACUUGUUUUUGAAAGCUUCGUUUGUUUUUAUUUCUUUUUUAUUGCUGCCAUUUAAGGGCUGUUGACCCUUAAGGCAUAUAAAAGAGGAGAAGCAGGGAAUGAGAAACCACACGGAUUUUAACUCACUCAAAACAAUGGUGAGUGGCACACAUUUGGGCCCUGUUUUCUAAUGGGUAUCAAGCAUUCAGGAACUGAAAGUAGAGCUGUGGCAGUUGUAGAAUGAGGGUAACAUACAAACCUCAGGUUCAGGGGUGAAAUUACACCAUAAACAAUGACAAAACUGAACUCAACAGGACAUACAGACAUGCAAAAAUUAAUAUAUAACAUCAAAACUACACUUUAUAAAGUUGGGUGUAACAAAUCUGUCUGCUCUUGUGCACAAGGAAGAAUGGGAAUGCAUUCCUAGGAUAUGUUGAUCUACUUGGGGCUUGGUGUACCACGUUCUUCGGUUGUAACUUGUUACACCUAUCUAGCCGUUAGAGCAGUGCAAGCCUUGAGCGGUUGUGGGCUGCAUAUGAGUUGACGGCUUUGUUACACCCAACUUCAUAGGGUGUUGUUUUGAUGUUAUAUAUUACCUUUUGCAUGUCUGCAUUUCCUGUUGGGUUCGGUUUUGACAUUGUUUAAGAUGUAGAAUUAAGUCAUGCCCAUACAUAUAAUUAUGUUGGAUCCUGCGCCCAUAUCCUAAGGAAAAAGUCCAUUCUAAUGGGAAACAUGUAUUAUUAAAUCGAUAAAAUAAUUGUCUUUGAAUAAAGGUUAGAAAGGAAGGUUGCCGUUGGAAUGCAGUUAGCUCUUUGCAAAGUGUGUGCAGAGAGAGUGGCAGGGAGGGGCUAAUCUACAUGCACUCACUUGUUACUAGCUGCAUUAUUUCCUACAGAGAAUGCUUGGAUUGUUUCACACAUACAGAUAGCUAGCAUCCAUCAUCAGCAGGCUAGAGGAUUUUCCAUAAAUAAUUUUCCACCCUUAGUAUUCAUUUCAGAGAGAAUGCUUUCCAGAAUGUAAAUCGGGACUGAUCCAGUGGUGGGAUUCAGCCGGUUCGCACCACUUCGGCAAAACCCGGUUGUUAAAAUGGUGCUUGUAAACAACCAGUUGUUAAAUUAUUUGAAUCCCACCAUCGGAACCGGUUGUUAAAUUAUUUGAAUCCCACCACUGGACUGAUCCUAACAUUUUCAUGCAUUCAGAUAACUCAAUAACUAGUGAAGCUGCCACAUAAUAUGUAAACUCAUCCUCAGCUGCAAUUGAGGAAAGCCUUUUACAAAGUGUCAGUGGGCGUCCACUCACACCCAGGACAAAGUUAAGGGCAAAGCCUGAUGCAGCAGAGUUCAUGUUGGUUGUAUAUAUCUGCUAGACAUCAGGGAGUACCAGUUAGCCACCCUUUUAUUGAGAAAUUGCAUCUUCUCUGUGGUGCCUGGAACUCACCCAACUGACUCCUGUUCUAUUUAUUUAUGCAGCCCCCACACACACUUCUACCAGCUUCACAUUUGAUAGUGUACACUCUUUUUCUUAUAGAAAACAUUUAUCUGUCUGUGUGUGUGUGGGGGGGGAAGUAAUUUGUGAAACUGUCUCAAAAUUGGAUCACACAAACUCCUAGCAAGGCUAUAAAUACUCUUAACAGCUUCUUCAACAUUUAAAAGCCACAACAGAGGAUGGGGAAGUUUGGAUCAAAAGCUACGGUGCUGAGAAGUGAGGCAUUAUCCUUCCCCUGUAUUAUUUGUUCAAUAGAAAUCGCUCCCUAGAGCCACCGCUGGCCAAAGCAAAGGGGGAAAAGAAUAGAAACAACAUGAAUUCUUGUCUUUUUCUGCAAUCAUUUAGCAGCUUGGAGGUCUGUGUGUUUUCUGCCAGAGAAACAGCACAGGAAAGAAGGGGUUGGACUGACCCUUCUGUGACAUUUCGGCCUUGAAUUCUAUCCAGUGCUUGUCUAAUAUUAAUGGAAACUUCAUCACACGAUGAUGUAGUUUGGCCCACAAGCAAUACAAGUGCCAGGUAUAAUAAUAGAAGGAUAAUGAUAUUGCUCCCUGCUAGGAAGCAUGCUCAAGGCACUGUAGCUUCAUAAAAGCCCUCUGUCUAUUAAGAGAUUCUGGUAGGGCUUUGCUUUGGGGGUAGAGGUGGGGUGGGGUUUGGGGAGGGAGGAUGUGGUCAUGGAGUUUAUCUCUGAAGCUGCCAUUUCCCCCAGGGGAAGUAACCUCUGUAGUCUGAAGAUGACUUGUAAUUUGGGGAGAUCUUUAGGGAUACUUCACUAGUUUCCAGGGGACGUUUUCUUUGGCUAUGAGAAGUUCCAACCAGCACUAGAGUUACCAGGUAACCAUGUUUUGCUUCUGUUGUUUUCAUUCUGUUUGUGCUUUUCUGAUUGGUGUUGUGCUUUCCCAUCUCAAAGUUUUCUUUUAAUGCUGUAAGAACUGCUACAGCUUUUCUGAAGAGAAAUUGCAACUUCCAGAUAUCUUCAGGACUGUUCCAACUAUGGAGGGUUUUGCCAACCUUUUCUAUUUGUAAAAUGUGCAGUUGAUUAAUUUAUUUAUUGUAUGGGAAAAGAUGGAGAAUACUUUAUUAGCAGGAAUCAGAGCUUCAGCAAAACAAACAAAUAAAUAAAAAGUUCAGAAAUGGAAGCAUACCAGCAAGUGAA